AAGCCACACGCCACCAUAAAUAAAAUUGGCUGUGAGCCUGGUGCGCCGUUCAUGUCAAUCGACGGCAUUUUCAGCCUGAAUAAAAUUGCCGGCGGCGCACAGGAUAACUUGAAUUUAUGGUGGAAAUCGACAAAAUAAAGUUUUUGAAACCUAAUGGAAAUUUAUAUUAUGCAGCAAUUAAUGAGGAAAGAGAAAUUGAGGAAGAUUCAAAUUAUAGCUCUGUUAUAUACAAUUCAUUUUCAAAAUAUUCAAUUCAAAAACAGUGUGAGAGUCUUCCUAUAUAUUCAUUUAGGAGAGAUAUAUAUGAUGCACUUGAAAAUUACCAAACUAUCAUAAUAGUUGGGGAAACAGGAAGUGGCAAAACAACUCAACUACCUAAGUAUUUAAUUGAAUGGGGAUGGACCGAUUAUAUAAACGAAAGUAAUAAAAUGAAAAUUUGUUUGGUUCAACCUAGACGGAUAGCUGUCAUAAAAUCGGCGGCGAGGAUAGCCGAAGAAUACGGCGUUGUGUUAGGUCACCAAGUUGGUUAUGUUAUUCGAUUCGAAAGUUGUUUUGACUCAGAAAAAACCAAAGUAAAAGUGGUAACCCGUGGUAUACUUCUACGUGAAAUGUUGAAAGACCCAUUGCUUUCGGCCUAUAGCAUAUUGAUAUUGGAUGAAGCUCAUGAAAGAUCCGUCGAAAUGGAUAUCAUAUUCGGGUUAGUUAGGAAGGUAUUAAAAAAAAGGCCGACUUUUAGACUUAUUAUAUCGUCGGCAACCUUAGAUGUGAAAGAUUUGGUGCAGUAUUUCGAUCUAAAAAAUGAAAGUUUGGAUUCGAAAUCAGAUAUAUCUACUUUAACUACUAUAAAUGUUAAGUAUAAAAAUUAUUAUACGGAAAUCUAUUAUUUGCAAAAACCAAUUAUUGACUAUAUUGAAGGUUCAGUUUUAACCAUAUUAGAUAUACUACGUAAUACAAAAUAUGGAGAUAUUCUUGUAUUUUUGCCUGGCAAAGACGAAAUUGAGAGAUGUAUGAUUAGCCUAAAUGAUCAUAUAGAUAAAUUUAAUGGCAGUGAAAAAAAUAGCAAAUUAAAAAGUUGUUUUUCUAACUUAUUGAUUUUUCCCUUGUUCGCAUCUUUGCCAGAUAAAGACCAAUAUAAUGCCCUGGAACCAGCUCUAUCUCACAAACGAAAAUGCAUAAUUUCAACGAACGUUGCCGAAACUUCUCUAACUAUAAAUGGUAUAGUUUAUGUGAUCGAUUGUGGAUAUGAAAAGAUAAAAUUUUUCAAUAAUUAUUUCUCGCUCGAAAUAUUGGGGAUUCAUGCCAUAUCGAAAGCUUCUGCCAUACAGAGAGCUGGAAGAGCUGGCCGAACAAGUGACGGAAAAGUCUUUAGACUAUAUACUGAACAAACCUAUGAAAAUUUACGCGAGACUUGUAUUCCCGAAAUUCAAAGAUGCGAUCUCGUUUAUCCUAUACUUCAACUAAAAUCUUUUGCCAUCAACAUUAUCUCAUUUAAUUAUAUAUCACAGCCUCCUGCUAAAAAUGUGAUGAGUGCCCUCGAAACAUUGUACUUUUUAAAGGCUAUUGAUGAAAAUGGAAUGCUAACGCCUAAAUAUGGAAAAUUAAUGACCGAAUUUCCAUUUUCUCCAAUGUUUUCUAGAAUGAUUUUAAAAUCCCUUGAACUUAAUUGUGCCUGUGAAAUUAUAUAUAUAACAUCGAUGUUGCAGAUAAAAAACGUGUUUAUCAAUAAUCCGGCUAGGCGAUUACAGGCGGAAACUAAGAAAUUAUGUAAUUUUGCCGUUAAAGAAGGUGAUCAUAUAACUUAUUUAAACGUAUUUCGCGGAUAUUUAUCGGCCCUUAGUAGGGGUAAGGAUAUAGCAUUUUGCAGAGAAAGUUAUAUUAAUCAAAAGGGCAUGCGCAGAGCUUAUCACAUAUACAAACAGCUUACAAGGCAUAUUUUAUCUCAUCGUCAGGAUUUCUUAUCGGGCUCCGACACUGAGAAGGACAUUAUUAGUUCAUCGCUUGAUGAAUUGGAUAAGAAUAUUAAUGACGAAACGAGUAUCGACAAAAAUUUUAACGUUUUACCAAAUACCGAAACGCUUAUUAAAUGUAUAAUUGCAGGAUUUUUUCAUAAUGUCGCCUACUAUCAUAUCUCAGGAAAUUAUAAAACUGUGAAAGAUGAUUAUGGUCCUCUCAAAAUACAUCCCGAUUCCGUUAUAUGUUCCCAGAACCCACCUCCAAAAUAUGUUAUUUUCAAUGAAAUAUUAUAUUCCUCUAAAGCUUCUAACGAUGUAUUAAAUAUAUAUAUGUACGAUAUCGUUUCUCUUCCUCCAAAUGCAUGUACUUUGCUGUCACAUGAAAUUCCCGAAUAUUUUUUAUUUGGAACCCCCAAUCAAAGACACGAACUUCAAAUUAAAUUCCAAGAUGAAAUCAUAUAAUAAAAAUUUAGUAUA